AUGUAUACAGCAGAUGAGGGUAGUGAUGUUGAGACUCCCAAGACUACAAGGACAACAAAAUCGAAGUUAAAUCAAAGGAUUUAUAAAAUAUAUCAUUUGAUGAAGAAUAAUAUUGAUAAAUAUAAUAUAAAUAAAGAUGGCAAAAUUUUAAAUGAAGGGGGAACAAGGGAAAUUCUCGGAAGUAAUGUUCAAAAAUCUCUUGAUUGCAUAAUACGGUCAGAUUUUACUGGUAAAAAUAAAUGGAAUCAGCUUUCUCCUCCCGGAACUUCAAUCCUAGAGAAGCGUUUGAAAAAUGACCCAACAAUGUGGGAACUAAUUGAAAAAGCUAGGGUGCAAAUUACACCAAAAAGAAUCAAUAUAUCAAAACAAAAAUUAUCUCAAAUAAAAAAACCGAAACAAUCAUUAUCCGAAGAAUGGAGACUCCCAGCAGAGUGGAAGUGA